GUUCCCCGUCAACCUCAAACCUAACCUUUGUUUUGCGAAAAUCUAAAAUCUUAAUUAUUUUGUUUUUCGAAACGAAACCCCUCGCAUUGAUAUCGAGCUAGUCCCUGGAACUGUGCGUUCGCCCCUCGAUCGCGUUUCACAUUUCCACCCCCAAUUAAGCGAAGUGUCAGAAGGUAGCGAAAGGUCGGUUCGUCUCCAUGUUCCAUAUUGCGACAGUUGUAGAUCGUUCUUCGGAUUGAGUAGUAAUUCAUGCUUUCAUUCUUACUCUCCUGCUUUAUUUCGUUGCUUUCUCUUCUUAUCUUCAAAGGCAUUGCUUUAAUUGCGAUCUUCGGCCGCCUCCAUCCAACUUCUACCAGCUCUUCCCGCUGUCACAGAGCUAUACCUUGCCCACAUCUUCCGGGACAAUUGGCACACCUCAGAACUAUAUCCUCAAAAUGUCUCCAUCGCAAGGAGGAUUGCUGGACACAGGGGAUUGGGAUGGGUAUCAGAAGCAGGAAUUCUUGACAACAGCACACAACACCGCAAAAUGGACAGUCGAAGUAAUACGGCCAUCAGUGAUGACCAGGCCGGGGAUGCGAAAACAGGUUCGGGGUACAGCUUAUCUAGACGGCCUGAGGGGCUUCGCUGCUAUGCUGGUGUACUGGCAUCAUCAUCAAUUAUGGCCACGACAACUUGCCAGCAGCUUCUUUGAAAAUGCGUGGGGUUUCCAAGACAAGUACUUCUUCUGCGCUAUGCCAGGUGUACGGACGUUCUUCUCUGGAGGCCAUUUCUCGGUGUCCGUCUUCUUUGUGGUCUCAGGCUACGUACUAUCCGUAAAGCCUUUAGCACUGAUAUACGCCGGUGAGCACGCCAGGCUGGGAGACAACCUCGCCUCAGCUCUAUUCAGACGUUGGAUCCGCCUCUUCAUCCCCGUAAUCUUCGUCUCUCUCAUCUACAUAACCUCCUGGCACAUGUUCGACAUCUAUACUCUAUCCCCAGAACACAAACCCACCUACCGCGAAGAACUGUGGAACUGGUACCUGGAAUUCAAAAACUUCAGCUUCGUCUUCCGCAGCGGCGGCGACGGCUGGAUGCUCACCUCGCAAUACCACGCCUGGUCGAUCCCCGUCGAGAUGCGCGGCUCCAUCAUCAUCUACACCGUCCUCCUGGCCUUCUCGCGCAUCACGCGCAACGCGCGCCUCUGCGGCCAGCUCGGCCUCAUGUUCUACUUCAUCUACAUCGUCGACGGCUACUUCGGCGCGCUCUUCAUGGCCGGCAUGUUCCUGUGCGAACUAGACCUCUUGUCCCGCAUGAACAACCUCCCGCAGAUAUUCAACAGACUAGCGCCCUAUAAGAUGUACAUCUUCUACACCCUCUUCGCAAUUAGCCUCUACCUCUCCGGCGUCCCCUCCGGCUCCCAAGAUAUCCUCGAGCUCCGCAAAGCGAAGGGCUGGUACUACCUCUCCUUCCUCAAACCCCAGGCCAUGUGGGAUUUCAAAUGGUUCUACCUCUUCUGGGCGGCCCUCUUCCUCACCUCCUCCGUCCCGCACAUCGCCUGGCUCAAAUCUUUCUUCGAGAACUCCUUCAACCAAUACCUAGGCCGCAUCUCCUUCGCGCUCUACCUGGUGCACGGCCCGGUGCUCUGGACGCUCGGCGAUCGCCUGUAUCAGGCCGUCGGAUGGUAUAGAGAAGAGCAUCUGGCGCAUACGCCGAGCUGGAUUAAUUUCUUCCCGUUGAGCCAGGCGGGGCCGUUGGGGUUGGAGAUUAGUUUUUUGGCGCCGCAUUUGAUUUUGCUGCCGUUGACGUUGUGGGUUGCGGAGGUGGUUACGAAGUUGUUUGAUGAGCCCAGUGUGAGGUUUUCGCAGUGGGCGUAUGGGAAGGCGUUGCCGGCGGAUGAUUAGUUGGUGGUGGUGCAUUUGAUAAGGAGUUUGGGGCAUUGGUGGAGUUUAGCUGUUAUUGAUGCCUUGA